UCUCUCUAUAUAUAAAUUCCGCAAAUAAUAUUUUGUAAAAAUAUUGCGAAGCAAAGUAGAUUAUUUAAUAGGUGUAUGUAUAGGAUGGCAAACAGUGAAUGGUCUUCCCAUGAGAGAAACAUGCAUCCUUUAGAAUGCACUUCUAUGAUAUCUAGCUGCUCCAAUUCAAGUCUGAAAAGAAUAAUCAGAUUGGAAGAUUACAUAAAAGAUAUUUAUAUCUCUGAAUUUUCUACAGAAUGGGAAGAAAAUAUACUAAAGUUGAUACCUCGCAGAGACAGACGAGUACAUUCCUCUUUCAUAAACUUGGUGUUAGACGAGGUGAAGAAGAUGUACGUCGACGAUAUGAAAGACUUCGUUCUGAAGUCCAUAUUAUCCUGCAAGAUGUACAAGAGAAGACACGUCGUUUGCGAAGAGUGCGUUGAAGAGAGACGAGGCAUCAUCGAAAAGGAUACGAUGUACGAUCGGACGAUAUUUUUACGACGUCGUGAUUUGCUGACCGAGAGAUAUUUUCUUUCAUAUCCUAUAAUUAAGCACGUCAUAAACACGGCGCAUCGUCUUCUGCCCAAGGUGAUCUGCGACUUCGAACGUUAUCGCGAACUUGGGACGCUAACGUUGCCCGGUUUUCGAGACAUCAUCCUCAAGGACAUCAAGAAAGGUACCUUAAUGAUCGCCAAUCGGUUUUACACUGAAACCUUCAAAGCCGUGCAAAGAUCGAGGCAGCUGAAGGGAAUCUCCGCGAAACGUUUGCCUCGAUUUAUGAGGUGCCUCACAAAUAUAUUCGUUCAGCAGAUUCUCAACGUUAUGUUGAGGUCGAUCGAUCACGUAAUCGCUAUCAUGAAAGAUGGUCGUUUCUGUCCGCAGAUUGAAUUUCAGCUGGUCUGCGAGGGAGAUCGACUUGUCACCAAACCGGACGUAGAGGAGGUAUUUUCGACGUAUCACGAUAUUAUCGGCGGAAUCGCGGGUAUCGCGCAGGAUCUGAUGCCUCUGGAGGAAUGGCUGGACCUCAGAGCAAAGGAAAGGUACAUCAAGAUCGUGCUUCCCGACUGGUUCAUCGAGAGAUCUCGUCACAGCCUGCAGGAGAUCUUGGACUCUCUGUUUCGACCUGUCAACGAACACGUGACGUUUGUCUCUGCGGAAUUCGCUGAUGUGUGUACAUCCAAUAUCGAGAACCGUAUAUUGUCCUUAACUUCCGAUGAACCGGAUUUCGACGCGUAUUUCGCGUAUAUAUACAAGUACAAAGAGUAUUUGAGCAAAACGAAUUCUAUGCUCUCCAAUUUGUAUUACAGUAUAGGCAAGUUAGAGCAAAAUAGCGCCAAGGAAUCUUUGAGGCGAAUCUGCCAGGAAGUUAUAAACGUUCUCACGACGGCGCUCGUCGAGUAUCAUCGAGAUUUCAAUCGUUCCGUCUGUUCCAGCUUCGAGGAUCUGAAGUCUACGGCUCUGGACAUCCCGAGGGAUGCAAACUCAUUGAUACAAUUGGGCGAAUACAUGUCCCGAGCUUCGAAAGUGUUGAUGAAGGAGCAGGAGCAGAAGAUACGACGGUCGAUCUACAUGCUGAGCAAACUGAUAGAGAUCACCGUCUUGACGGAGGAGCACGUUAACUUGAACAAGUCCACUGUUAACUGGUUGCACGAUAUUCAGCCGGUGUUCGCGCAGAACAAUACGUUGUGCGAGGCGAUGAAGAGUGAACUGGAGGAAGAUCUUCAACGGCGGAUAAACACGUUGAACGCGGAGGUCGACGCGAUGUUCCCGCAGCUUGUCAUCCUCGACGACAUGGACGAUAUAAACAAGGUCGGAGAAUACACGGAGCAUUACGAGGAUCUGAUGAAGAGGUACAAGCGUAUGGAUAACGAGAUGCAAGUGAUUAAUUCGGAGGAGAGGCUUUUCAAGUUUCCCGAGACGGAGUUUCCGAAAAUUGCCGAAUUAAGGGACACGAUCGUGCCGUUUUACAAGCUCAUACGUACCGUUUAUCAGUGGCAGAGGAACAACUCCGUGUGGUUGAACGGUCCGUUCGAAUGCCUGGACGCGUCCGUCAUCGAAAGGAAGACCGUGAAUUACCUGGACGAGGUCACGGAGAUGAGCAAAAGCAUGAAGUCGCGCAUCAAGAUGGACGCAACCGCGAAUAGGUCGUACAAGUUUUCCGGAAUCGCCGACGAUCCCGAUCCGAUGCAGCAACCCGCGCCGCUAAAAUUGUGCUGGCAGGCACUUUAUAACGUUAACGAGUUCAAAGUUUACCUACCUCUCGCGAUCUGCAUGUGCAAUCCGGCUCUCUGCGCUCGUCAUUGGAAAGAGAUGUCGGCGAUAUGUGAUUUCGAUCUUACUCCGAACGCGGGAACGACCCUGAAGAAGAUGAUCGAUAUGAAUCUGAUGGAUAACAUUGACAAGUACGAGGCUAUAAGCCUGGGCGCCAACAAGGAGCUUCGUCUUCAGCAAGAACUGGCCGAGAUGAUCGAAGAGUGGGAACCGAUAUCCUUCGAGAUGUCGACCGAUGCGGAAUCCGGUGCGGUAACUUUCAAACAUACGGACGACAUCGAGGCGCUUCUCGGAGAACAUCUCAUCAAGGUCGAGGAGAUGAGAGCGUCUCACUUUGUCAAGCCGAUAUUGUCGGACUUGAUCGAUUUCUUCGUCGUUCUCACGAGGAUCCAGGAAAUCCUUGCUCGAUGGACGCAAGUUCAAUUCCGCAAACUUCAUUUGCGGCCGAUAUUCUCUUAUCCGGGAAUAGAGACGCGUCUGAACCAAGAAACUUUGUUGUACCUGGAAGCAACAAGAAUUUUGCUGGACGUUAACAACAGAUUUACGGCGAAUCCGAGCUUUCGAGAGAUUGAGAAAUCCUCGGAUUUGUUGCAGAUCUUGAAUGAAAGCAACGAAAAGUUGGAGAGAGCCAGCAAAGGCGUAAAGGAUUAUUUAGAUAUUAAAAGAUUGUCUUUCGCGAGAUUCUUCUUCCUCGAUGAUUCGGAGAUUCAGAAGAUAUUAUUCGAAUCGACCGAUGCAGUGAAACGAAAUAUAUUUGUGCAAAAGUGUUUUGCCGGCAUAAGACGAUUAAAAUUUAAUAAAUCCAACUGUAUUCGAGGAGUCAUCGGCAACUACGGGGAGGUCCUACGUCUGAAUGAUAAUAUUUUUGUAUCUAUCGACACCAAGCAAGAAGAGCAAUGGUUGAUGCAGCUCGAAGAAGAGAUGAGAAACGCGGUUCGCGAAAAUAUUCAACAGUCUUAUCUUUCGAUCGACGAGGAUUUGACAUUCGUUUUUAGCGAUAAUUUUCCAAGUAUGGCGAUCAUCUGCGGUUUGCAACUUCAUUGGACUUCCUCGGUGGAAAAAUGUUUUACUCCAUUAAACAUCUCAGUGUUAAAUUCUCUGUACUUGACAUACAACGAUCGGAUAACUUCACUGACUAAGCAACUGAGAAAUAAUUUAACACGAUGGCGUAGAAAGCUGUUGAUAUCAUUGAUCGUUCUUACGUUGACUCACAAAGAAGUCGUGAAGCUGCUUUUGGAUAGAAAUAUCGCUAAAUUAACAGAUUUUGAGUGGAUCGCCCAGUUAAGGUACUAUUGCAACGACAAGAUUAUUAAGAUAUCGGUAUUCGAUACAACGAUAGAGUAUGGAUACGAAUAUAAUUAUUGUCAACAGAGUAUCGUUAACACACCCUUGACCGAUCGAUGCUUUCGCACUAUAUUACAGGCUUAUCGUUAUCAUCUGUACAGCGGCAUCGUGGGUCCCACGAGUUGCGGUAAAACGGAGACAAUCAGAACCCUAACCAGAGUCCUCGCGAAGCCGUUUUACAUCGUCAAUUGCAACAACAGCAUCUCCUACAAUUGCGUAACAAGAAUCUUCAAGGGGGUGGUUUCCUGCGGAGCCUGGGUCUGCUUCGAAAAUUUCGACCGAUUAAAACUGGAGUUGUUAUCAGCCAUCGCUCAGAAUCUCACGCAAAUGAAACAGGCGAUAUCGUCUAGCUCGAGGACGAUCAACUUUGACGGUUGCGAUUUAACCUUGAACGUCUCCGGAUACAUAUCCGCUAAUAUCGACUCGACGCAAUUUGGAUAUACCGAUCUGCCGGAUAAUUUGAAGGCGCUCUUCCGUUCCGUAGCGAUGACGACACCGGAUGUCGGCAGAAUCGCGGAGGUCGAACUCUUCGCCGGGGGAUUUCUUCGUGCGAAAAAGCUAGCGGCGAAACUAGCCAUCAGCUACAAAUUGUUGUCCGAACAUCUGGGAGAAAAACGUCAUUACAACUUCAGCGUCUCGUCGUUAAAGACAGUUAUCGCAACCGCGAUCGAUAUGAAACAAAAAGUCCCGGACGAAGAAAACGAGCACAUCUUACUUCUACGUUCUAUGAUAGACAUAAAUAUUCCACAACUAGAUACAGCCGAUAUUUCUAUCUUCCAGAGUAUCAUGCGUCAUGUUUUUCCCGAAUCCGAUGUCCUGCCGUCAUUUGAUUGUUCGGCGAUUUUAAAGGCGCUUGAAAGUGUAUGCGCUAAAAGAUUUCUCAUUUUACACCCUACAUUCAAGUUGAAGGUCAUACAGAUUAUCGAGUUGAUGUACGUUCGUCGCGGUCUUAUACUUAUCAGCGACCCUCUGGGUGGCAAGACGGAAAUCUUGCACGCAAUCGCUGAAACAUUAUCGUUGUUGCAGGACCAAGGAAACGCGAUCGGCGUCCCUGUGAAAGUCGAAACGAUCAUGCCGGGAGUAGUGGACAGCGACACGCUCUUCGGGUAUCUCUGCGACAAGUCUGGCGCUUGGAAAGACGGCUUAUGCACCAGGAUAUUUCGUCACUUCACGGAAGACACGUCGACGGAUCGGAAAUGGCUGGUGUUCGACGGAGCCUUGAACGGGGCGUGGCUAGAGAACUUGAACACAGUUCUCGACGACAGCAAAACGUUGUAUUUGACGUCUGGUGAACGUCUUCCCGUCGUCGAAACGAUGUCUAUCAUCUUCGAGAUAACGAGCGCGACCGAAAUCUCACCCAGCCUAGUCUCGCAAUGCGGAACGAUUUAUAUAGAUUCGCGUUCCAUUGGUUGGAAACCACAUGUGCUGUCUCAUAUCGCUAAACAUAAUAUUUAUGACGGAUACGACAAAGUGUUAAUUGCUCUGUUCGAUUGGGCGAUAGAUCCCUGUCUCGACUUUUUAAGAGAGAAUGGUGACAUAUCUGUGGAUAGAGAAUUACAUCUUGUUACGUCGGUCUUGAAUUUAUUCGAGAUUUUACUGCAAGAUGCCUGCGAAGAUGCCACAGAGGACAUAGGAAGAAGCAAUCACUUUGUCACAUGGACCCAGAUCGCCCUAAUUCAAGCUGUUGCUUGGGGAUUAGGCGGAAACUUGAUGGAGGAUUCGCAGACUCGAUUCAACGCUUUUUGCACGUCAUUCUGGAGUGGCGCAGAUACGAGAUAUCCGAAACCCGACGCGAUUAAACACGUGGACGUGACGCUGCCUAACGAGGGUCUAAUUCAAGAUAACUUUUACAUCUUCAAGGGUGUCGGAAACUGGAAGUACUGGGGAGACUUGCUGAAAAACGAGAAAAUCCCCGAGAUAUGCAAUUUCAAUCAAAUUUACGUUCCAACUGUCAACAGUUUUAAGUAUAAUCACAUGUUCUUGAAACACGUUAAAUAUCGAAAGCCUUUCCUCUUGUAUGGUGAUGUUAGUGUUGGAAAGAGUAGUAUCAUGUACGACCUCUUGGACAAGAAAUUGCCAGAAAAUUGUCUCUCCAAUUUCUUCAGCUUUACUUCCAUGCUUACGGUGACUAAAACACAGAUAUUAUUGCUUUCGAAGUUAAACAAAAUACGACGUACCGUCUACAGUCCAGGAAAAAAUCAAUUCUGCGUGAACUUUGUGGAUGAUGUGAGUAGAUCUGUUACGCAAAGACCAGAGGCACGAUCAAUAUUUGAGUUGUUACGUCAACUUCUUAGUCAUAAUUACUGCUACGAUACAAAUGAAUUAAAUAAAGUGUUCAUACAGGAUGUUAUGUUCACCCUCGCGAUUACGUCAGGAAAGCUCGAUGAAGACGUGCCACCUCGAUUUUUAAGGCAUUUCAAUACUUACGCGAUUCCUGCCCCUACAACGGAUAACAUAUUUAGGAUAUAUUUCAACGUGCUGUCUGCUAACUUGAAGAAGAAUCUGUUCGCAGCAGACGUCACCGGAAGUGUAACUAGCAUAGCGAAUGCAACAAUUGACAUUUACAAGUCCGUGAUGAAGACCUUGCGACCGGUGCCCAACAAACUGCACUACUGCUUCGACAUGCGAGAUAUAUCCAGAGUGAUUAGCGGAUGCGGCCUGAUCCAGAAGGAAUCGGUGGAGACGAAGAUAACGUUUAUACGACUGUGGGUACACGAAAUCUUACGCGUGUUCAGCGAUCGCAUGUUGGACGAAGACGACAAGGAGUGGCUUUUCUUAAGGAUUCGUGACGCAGUGAAGAACAACUUUAAGGACUCGUACGAGGUCGCGUUCGAUUAUUUGCCGAAAUACGAGAACAAUCAAAUCACCAAGGACAGCUUCGACGAUCUCAUGUUUGGAAACUUCAUGGACACGGAGAAGAACGGCAGAUGCAAGCGGUACGAGGAGAUCAGUUCGAUGGAAGCUUUGAAGAACAGAGUUGUCGCUUAUUUAGACGAGUACAACGCAAACUACAAAAGAAAGAUGGAUAUCGUCGUUUGCCGGUACAUGUUGCAGUCUCUGAUCAAGAUUUCCAGAAUUUUGAGCAUCCCAGGUGGAAACAUGUUGACGAUAUCUACAGUAGGUUCCGGCAGAAAAUCCACGACCGCUCUCGCUGCCUUCAUGCAACAGCAGACCUUGUUCGAGACCACCGCUGAAGCUUAUUACGAUCCGAAUGCGUGGAGGGACAGCUUGAGAAGAGUCCUCCAGGAAUGCGGAUCAUUACGGAAGGACGUUACGUACUUCAUGAACGAGAAGCAAAUGAAGGACGCGUUUUUAAGCGACAUUAGCUGUUUGCUGAGCGCCGGAGAGUUGCCUGACUUGUUUUCCGCCGAGGACAAACAGUGUAUAAUCGAAACGACGCGACUUCACGCUCAAGGCGGCGAUCGAAACGCAGAGAUCAGCGCGCGCUCGGUGAUGAGGUAUUUUGUGGAGCAAUGCAAGAACCGGUUACACUUUGUACUUUGCUUUAGCCCCACCAACACAGCUUUCAGAACAUAUUUGUGCUCGCAUCCUAACUUGGCGAAACACUGCACGGUUAAUUGCUAUCAGAUUUGGCCUGAUCAGGCGCUGUUGGAGAUUGCCGUGAAGCAUAUGACCUAUGUUAAUGUACAAAAAGAGAUGAAAGUUCGCGCGGCGAGAGCUUGCGUGGAAUUCCACAAAGGAGCGAGAGAGAUGAGUCAGAAAUAUCGCGAGACGUUCGGUAGAGUCAUUCACGUGACGUCGUCGGCUUUUUUGCAUUUGCUGAAGCUGUAUAAACGACUGAUGUCGAAGAAACAAGAAGAAAUUGUAGUGACGCGGAAUAGAUAUGUAGCGGGAUUGGAAAAAUUGGAAUUGGCGGCCGAACAAGUUGAACAGAUGAAGGCCACUCUAACGAUUUUAAAACCACAAUUGGAAUUGUCUGCUCGACAGACCGUGAUCACGAUGAAGGAAGUGGAGAACGAGAACGUCACCGUGGAGCGAGCUACGAUCCUCGUGAAGCAGGAGGAAGAAGUGGCGAAUACGAAGGCGGAGAUCGCUGGCGCCCUGAAGACCGAAUGCGAAGCCGAGCUUGCCGUCGCUAUUCCUAUCCUGGAGGACGCGCUUAUCGCGUUGAACACGCUAAAACCAACAGAUAUCACCCUGGUGAAAGCGAUGAAGAAUCCGCCGGAUACCAUCAAGCUGGUAAUGGCCGCUGUAUGUGUGAUGCUGGGUGUUCCAGCUGAUCGCAGUAUCGAUCCGGUUACCGGCAAGAAGUUGACGGACUAUUGGGGCCCGAGCAAACGCAUUCUGGGUGACAUGAACUUCCUGCAAAAUCUGAAGGAUUACGACAAGGACAAUAUAGCGCCUACGGUGAUGCAGGUCAUCAAGAAAACGUACAUGACGGAUAGCAGCUUUACCCCUCACAUAGUCGCGAAGGCCUCUAGCGCUGCCGAGGGUCUCUGCAAGUGGGUCCGCGCCAUGGUAUCGUAUGACGAGGUGGCGAAGGUGGUCGCACCAAAGAAGAAGAAACUGGUGGAGGCGCAGAUGGAGUGCGACGAGGCCGAAGCGUUCCUGAACGAGAAACGGCAGACCUUGGCGGCUCUGAACGCGAAACUGGCGGCGCUGAAUGAUAGUCUGCGGCAAACGUUGCAGAAGAAAUUAAACUUGGAGACGGAAGUGGCUACUUGCACCGCCAAGUUGGUGAAGGCGGAAAAACUGAUCGCCAGUCUGGGUGGCGAGAAGAGUCGUUGGAUGAAGUGCGCUCAUGAUCUACAGAUGAAUUACGACAGCCGUGGGGACAUGUUACUCUCGUGCGGAAUAAUGGCUUACAUGGCGUCUUAUAACAUCUCAUUUCGCGAUGAAAUAUUGACGAGAUGGAAGGAAUUUAUGGAGACCUCGGAGAUACCCUACACUAAAACGUACGACUUUAUAAGCGUUCUCGGUGUGGAAAUCGAGAUUAAUCAUUGGCAACUCUGCGGUCUGUCUAAAAAUCGUUUUGCGGUAGAAAACGCUAUUGUCGUGAACAAUUCGGAACAAUGGUGCCUUUUUAUCGAUUCGCAGAAUCAGAUGAACCAAUGGAUCAAAAAGAUCGAACAGAAAAAUGAUUUGGGUGUCGUCAAACUGACGGAUGUUGAUUACAUGUCGGUCAUCCAACGAAACAUCGAAGCCGGAGUGCCGAUUCUUUUGGAGAACGUCGGGGAGAGACUCGAAAUCGCGUUGGAACCGAUACUGUCGAAGAAUAUUUACGAGAAUGAAGCAGCUUGGUACAUCGAUAUCGGCACGAGAUCUCUAAAAUAUUCACAAAACUUUCGACUAUACAUCACCACAAGAUUAUCGAAUCCAGAUUAUACGGCCGACGUCUUCAGCAAGCUCACUGUGAUCGAUUUCUCAAUGCCGGAUGGAACUCUUCGGGACAAGCUUCUGGAUAUCGUCGUCUCAAAGGAGAGACCGGAGCUUCAAGAGAAAUUUGAAGCGCUCCGUAUUCAAGAUGCCGCUAACAAGCAAGUUAUUCAGCAACAGGAGGACAACAUUUUGAGCAUCCUCUCGUCGACCACCACGAAUAUCCUGGAGGACGAAAGCGCGAUACAGACCUUGGAUUCUUCCAAGACCCUCACUGUGAACAUCAUGAAGAGGCAGGAGGCAGCCAAAUCGAUGACAGAGGAUAUCAACAAAUUCCGAGAUACGUAUCUACAAUUCGCCGAUCAUUGCGCAGGUUUAUUCUGUACCUUAACUACUUUGUCCAGCUUAAAUCACAUGUACCGUUUUUCAUUCUCGUGGUUCAUUCAGCUGUACGUGACCUCGAUCGAGACGUCGAACAGAAGCGUCAUUCUCGAGAAACGACUGCAGUUUCUCAAGUCCUCGUUCACAAGGAACCUUCAUUCCAGCGUCUGCAGAUCUCUGUUCGAGAAACACAAGCUCCUGUAUUCAUUUCUGUUGUGCAUCAAAAUUUUGAUGGAUGCCCGACAGAUUACGCAGAAGGAGGUUGAAUUCUUUACUUCCUCAGAUGCGAAGGAUCUCGACGCUCCAAUGGAAUCUGCGCCUGAAUGGUUGACGACGGAUAAAUGGAGACAAAUUUGCAAACUAAGCGACACGGUGCCCGAAUUAGACGACCUGGCAAAUGACUUUCGUUUCAACGAUGCGGCUUGGCAAAAGUAUUGCAGCGCGAUACCAUUUCGGAGCCACCUGGUGCCGAGACCUUGGGCCGACAGGAUGACACAAUUCCAGAGGUUGAUGCUCGUCAAGAUUGUCAGAUGCGACAAGAUCAUCGUGGAGAUAAUGCGGCUGAUAGAGGGUAGCAUGCUGGAGGACGUGUUUAAUUCGUACCCUCAUCUUCAGAUUUCGGAAUCGUACGCGGAGUCAAACUGCCUCACGCCGAUUAUAUUCAUUCUGCCAAGCUAUACUUCGCCUCUAUCCCUCGUUUCCACCUACGCGAGCGCCAGAGGAUACACCUCGAAGCUGGUUUCCUUGUCGAUGGGCGAUGGACCGCAACGAGACACCGCUGACCUUCUCGUGGAAGAGGCGCGAACGGAAGGGAGCUGGAUAUUCUUGCAAAACUGCCAUCACACUGUCUCCUGGAUACCCCGACUCGAGCAAAUCUGCGAGAACCUGAAUCUAUCCGGCACGUCCUUGGAUUUUCGACUUUGGCUCUCCAGCUGUUCCAUCCCGGACUUCCCGAUUAGCGUUUUGCAGAACAGCUUGAAGAUCGCCUAUGAUUAUCCUCUACGAUUGAAGCAGAGCUUGCUGAGAAUGUACAGGUCGGAGCCUGUGAAGAGUAAAGAGUUCUUCGAAGGGUGUCCCGGAAGGGACAAGGAGUUUUCCAAACUCCUGUACGGACUUUGCUUCUUCCACGGAAUCGUCCGAGAGAGAAGAUACUUCGGACCUCAAGGCUGGAACGUCCCCUACGAUUUUGAUCACAUGGACUUUGAAAUAUCCAUUAGACAGCUGCAGAACUUGAUCAACGAAGUCGAGAAUAGUAAUGUACCAUUCAACACGCUGCUCUAUCUUAUCGGACAGUGCAAUUAUGGCGGGAAGAUCGUGGAUAGUCUAGAUCAAAGGUGUCUAGAGUAUCUGUUAGAUUCCUUCUGUAACACUCGUGUCAUCAACGACAGCGAAUACUCGUUCUUCGAUUGUACGGAAUAUUCGGUACCUCAGAGAUGCGAGUAUCGUGACGUUCUUAAACACAUCAACGACAUGUACCUGGACACGUCACCGAAAGCUUUCGCCUCCGACGAAAAUGCUCUUAUCCUGAAGGAUGCCGCUAUUGCCAGAGAAUUCUUAGAAUCCGUCUCUUAUUUGGAUCAAAUAGGAUUACCGAACUGCGAGAUCAUAAUCCAGGAUCAGGUGCUGCAAACGAUUGACGAAAUUAAUAGCAAAUUGCCCGUUUCUUUCAACGUCGACGAGAUACGCGACAAGUGUCCUCUCGUCUCGCGCGAACCUUUAAACGCGAUUCUUAUCCACGAGGCCGAAUUAAUCGACAAAGUUUUAGCCAGGAUUGCGAACUCUCUGAAGAACCUGAGAUCUGCGUUAAAAGGCGAGAUAAUCUUCAUCGAUUCCCUGGAAGACUUAUCCUUGGAAAUACACCGUAACAAAGUUCCACACGUUUGGAGGCUGAUCCGUCUGGGUAUCGUAACUGAACACUUGCCGAGUUACAUCAACUUGCUUCUGAAACGUAUGAAUUUCAUACAAAAUUGGCAUGAGACCGAUCUGCCUCGUGUCAUCCACCUCGACGCGUUGUCUUGCUGUAAAAGAUUUUUAUCUGCGAUUCUCCUGGAGUUCUCGCGACGUCAGGAUAUUCCCAUCGAACGGAUCACGUUGGACCUUCGAGUGGCAAAGAAUGAUUCUGCGGAUGAUGUAGAUAGUUAUUACAUUUACGGUUUACAUCUGUCAGGCGCUCGUUGGGACACGCAGAGGCACUUGUUGAUCGAAAGCUUAACGAAUGUAUUCUGGUGCGACCUGCCACCGAUACGUCUUGCGUUUAGAAUAGAGGAAAAAGUCGAAAGAAGAAAUAUGUAUUACGAGUGUCCUGUAUAUAUUUCACCGAUAGGCUGCGACGAAGUAGAUAAUGAUAUGAAGAUAAGGGACUAUGUUACAAGCAUAUCUCUGGAAACUGACAAGUCACCCGUAUAUUGGGUCAAACGUGGCGCAGCAUUAUUCUGUCAAAUUGAUAUAUAAAUAAUUCUUAAGGCUACAUAUAUUUAUAUAAAUAUAGUCGAUUGCACGAGACGUUUUAUGAUUAAAGAUGUUUAGAUAUGAAAAUCUAAUGAAAAAUCUAAAU